GCUGCGCGGCGUCGCGUCGCUGGGAGAGGCAGAGACGCAUCGCAUCAACAGAGAAUCCCCGCCGGGAAACUGGCGCACAUCUGCUCCAACUGUUGAAUGUCUUCCUUGGAUUGGUCGGGUGCGGGAAAAGUUGCACAAUCCGAAGGAAAAAGGCGCACGGCGUGAGAGGUUUUGCAAGGAGCGCUGAACGCGCACCAGCUGCGAUCCGCGCGCCGGACUAUAAAGUGAGCUACAUCCGCGCUUGGUUGGCAAACAGGUGGUUUCGCUGAGCUUCGGAGCUGCGAUGAGGGCGCGCUUGAUGUUUUGACACAAGGAGCAAUAGUCAUCAUCCAGCGCGCCGAUUUGACGAUGAUCAGCUCCGUGUGCGUUUCGUCUUACCGUGGACGCAAGUCCGGCAACAAGCCUCCGUCCAAAUCAUGCUUGAAGGAGGACAUGUCCAGAGGUGAAGACUCAGAUAAGAUCAUCAUCAAUGUGGGCGGCACCCGCCACGAGACCUACAAGAGCACCCUGCGCACCUUGCCGGGCACCCGCCUGGCGUGGUUGGCCCACCCGGAGCCGCAGGUGGGUUCCGAUGAGUCGUGCAACUCGCCGCCGCCCAGCAGCAGCACCGGCGGGGAGUUGUUCUUCGACCGCCACCCGGGCAUCUUUGCCUACGUGCUCAACUACUACCGCACCGGCAAGCUGCACUGCCCGGCCGACGUGUGCGGGCCGCUCUUCGAGGAGGAGUUGGCCUUCUGGGGCAUCGACGAGACGGACGUGGAGCCGUGCUGCUGGAUGAAUUACCGGCAGCACCGCGACGCCGAGGAAGCUCUGGAGACUUUUGAGCCGCCCGAGCCAGACGACAACGGCGAUGACGACGGCGAUACGCCGCGCCGCUUUGGCAUUGAGGAGUGUCCGGGCAGGUCAAGGGGCUGCUGCGAAGUUUGGCAGCCCAAGAUCUGGGCCCUGUUUGACGACCCCUACUCGUCCAAAGCGGCCAGGGGAGUGGCGCUGGCAUCCCUUUUCUUCAUCCUGGUGUCCAUCACUACCUUCUGCCUGGAGACCCACGAAGCCUUCAACGAGCUGCAGAACCGUACGGAGCUGGUGCUGGUGGGCAAUGAGACGCGAACGGAGGAGCGCUUGGAGAUGGUGACCAAGCCCGUCCUCACCUUAGUGGAGGGGGUGUGCGUGCUGUGGUUCACUUUUGAGUUCCUGGUGCGGAUUGCAUGCUGCCCGGACAAGGUGCUCUUUAUCAAGAACUCCCUGAACAUCAUCGACUUUGUGGCCAUCCUGCCCUUCUACUUGGAGAUGGGUCUGAGCGGCCUGUCAUCCAAGGCGGCCAACGAUGUCCUGGGUUUCCUCCGGGUGGUCCGCUUUGUGCGCAUCCUUCGGAUCUUCAAGCUGACUCGACACUUUGUGGGUCUGCGUGUGCUCGGGCACACGCUAAGGGCAAGCGUCAACGAGUUCCUGCUGCUCAUCAUCUUCUUGGCGUUGGGAGUACUCAUCUUCGCCACCAUGAUUUACUACGCCGAGCGGAUCGGAGCUAGCCCGCAUGAUCCCACGGGCGCUAACCACACGCACUUCAAGAACAUCCCCAUCAGCUUCUGGUGGGCUGUGGUCACCAUGACCACGCUAGGCUACGGAGACAUGUACCCGCAGACGUGGCUGGGCAUGAUGGUGGGGGCCUUGUGCGCUCUGGCCGGGGUGCUGACCAUCGCCAUGCCUGUGCCGGUCAUAGUCAACAACUUUGGAAUGUACUACUCGCUAGCCAUGGCCAAGCAGAAGCUACCCAAGAAAAAGAAUAAGCACAACCCCAAUCCCGAGGCUCAGACCAACUCGGUGUCCUUCGAGAAGUCGGAAACCAAUUCGUGCAGGGAAAGCACUCAGAGCGACACGUGCCCGCUGGCGCCCGACGACACCCGAACAGACUCCAAACAGAACGGCGACGCAAAUGUGACUCUUUCCGAGGAGGAAGGCUGCAGCCUGACCCAGCCACUGUCCCCCAGUGAAAAAUGGUCACUGCGCUGCCCCCGGGGAAAAGAUCGGACCAAGAAAGAAGCUACCUGCUUCUUGCUCACCCCUGGAGAGCCCAGCGUCCACUAUGAGACUUGUAAAGACAAGAUGGCGACCCCUGCAAACUACACAAAGCCGGAUGUCACCUCACUGAGCGGAUGCUGAUUGACUAAGAUCAGGGAGGGAAAAAGCAUAAACUAUUUUCCGCCCCGCUUCCUGAAGGAUUCUUGACUUAAUUAUGUUCCCCUGUAUAAAUACUAAGGUGAAUAUGAGUUGCAUCUUUUACCAUGUAAAUAGCACAUGUUCUAAAGCAUGUAUUGCGUAAUAUAGUGUUGUACGAGGCGGUCAUGAUUUUAGUAAUGUAGCAUCAUUUAAAUUUAAUUUUACAUGCAAUCUUUAUGUUUGCCUACCUCUGCUUUACAUUCAUUUUUUUAACUACGCAGCUAUUUCCCCCAUUUGGAUUAAUUGACCUUUAGCUAUGACUGCAACUACAACAACACAAAAUACAAACAAUAAAUCAAAUGCAAUACUCUCCUGAACUCAACGUAGUGAAGCCGCGCUGUGCUGUGCUGUGAUUGGCCAGUGGGCGUUUUUGUAUAGCGUGACAGUAACUGUGAACUAGGUUUGGAUGAAAGAUUUUUUUUAGGGUUUAAGGUUAGGAUUAGAGAAUUCUGUCGUCAUCACGCACAAUGCAGAAUUUGUGAAAUCAUCCCCUUUGUACUCUUUAAUUUGUAUUGACUCGAGUACAAAAUUCAUGCGGUGCAAUAUUGUCUGCCUGUGGCAUUAGAUGUACCGACGCUGGUUGAGUCAGGACCAAAUGUGCACUCACGCGGUAAAAAACAGCAACGUCAAGGCUGGAUUCACACUGCAUGCUUCAAGAUCGAGUAGCAAUGCCACGUUUUGGCAGCGGAAAAAGAGAAAAAAUCAAUUGGGCAUUUCCAGUUUGGGUAAUCCAAAUAAACAUUCAAAUAUAAAUUACAAUAAACGCAUUGACAAUAAAUUAUGGUCUAAAUCCAGAAGGUAAAUCAUUUCAAAAAAAAUGCCACCAUUAAUGUGACCUAUAACCUAUACAACUCAAUGACCAAAGUUGAUCUUUUUUACCAUAAUUCCAAAAAUUAUGUUUGCCACAAACACAUAAGCACAAAAACACCAUAUUGUAACGUUUGGUGCUUUGAGGCUGUUUUACUUCAGCUGGAAAUGGGGCAUUCGUCACAGUGGGAGCAAACAAAAACAGUUCAAAAUAGCCGACAGUCUUUGCAAAUAAAAGUAAAAAAAACAAUGUCAAUAAAAGCGCAACUUUAUCUGGGGUUAAUCAGAGGCACUUACAUCAUGGCGGGUCUGUGCUGGCUCCGAUUUAACAAAUAUGAAGGUCAAUUCUGAAGACUGCCACAUCUCCUGUGUGGUGUCACUUUCUUCAACAUCACCAAAACCUGGCAUUUUAACAGAGAUGUUGUAUACCCACUGUAUGAUUUACAGUAAAUAUGCUACAUUCAAGCUGUAUACACAUGACUGUAAAUAUGAUGUAGAGGUGUAAAUAGAUUAGAUGUGACAUAAAUAGGCCAAACUACACUUACCAUUAGUUCAUUAAUGGUGCACAGAUCAUGUAUUGGGGAAAAAUAAACUGCCAAACAAAUCAAAGUUGUUGUAACGGCCCGAUUUUAGACUUCAAUGGUUUAAGUGCAAUUUGUGUGUUGUUUCAUGAGUUCCAUCACAAUAGACAUGCGACAUGGGAAUAUUAUUUUCUUUUUUAAAUAUGCCUUGAACCAGUGUGUAAAUUCAGCCUUUGUGUCUUUUCAUGAGCUGGCACCAUUGAGGCCUCUGGUUGAGUAAUGCAGCUGGAUUCUGUGCUGUAAGGUAACCGGAUUACCUCCGGUGAUGAAACCAGCUGUUGUUGACAAUUGCAUUCCACAUUGUAUACACGAGUCAUCCUCACAGUCUACCAUAGUGGCCUUAUGUUUAUUAAAAGUUCAUUCCAAUCCAUAUGUAGACAUUGUUUAUAAUGAGCACAGUUGUUCCGUUUGUACAGUAUGUAGCACAGUCCUAUAUUCUUUAUCUUUUUGGUUUUUGUAACUUCUCUGUAUAUAAAUAUAAAUGACACAUGUAUGUACCAUGAAUGAAGAAUGUAUUAUUUUGAUAAUGACAAAGAAGCACAUCAGUCGUUGUAUGCCGCGUGUGUGCGUGUAAUGUAGUCUCGUGUCACUAUGCACAUAUGAAUUCAAUAGACUCCCCUUUAAGCGCAGUGUCGCAUUGAAAAAUAAAAAAAGAAUGU